AUCAGAUAUGGAUAAGAGGAAGAUCAACCUGAGAGAAGACUCCUUCGUCAACAACCACAAAGUGAAUGAAGCGUUUUUAAACCAUGCUGAUUUUGUAUUCCAUCAGCAACAAAAUCUGAAAAUGAAAGCUCAAAUGGCUUAUAUGAAGAAUGCAGCCAAGAAGGACAUGAAGGAUGGAAUGCUCACCAAUACUCCUUUUAAGAAAUUUGUAAAUAAUGAGUAUUUAUGGAACACGACAGGCUCUUAUUACACUUUCACAGUGGUUGCAUUUUAUUUCCUCAGUAAAAGAUAUAACUUUCAUUCCUUGACAAUCAUUCCAUUCUUAGCGAUUCCUCCAACAUUGGAUUUUAUUAAAAGAGAAUUUUAUGUUUCAAAUUUCCCUGAAGAGAAGAAGAAACUUAAUGAGAGCCGCAAAAUUAUGUCUCAAAUUUUGAAGCAUAAGAAAAGUGUAGUGAGGUUCCCUGAUGUGUACAGAUUCGUGUUCCUAAACCAGCUUGAGGAUAAAUGCUUUGAAGACUACCAACCUCUUCCUGAAGUUUUAUGGUAAACCUGUGUUCAAUUACUAAAGGAA